UUUACGUAAAAUACCCCCACUAUUCCAAUUGGAAUUUAGCUGUCAACAGUAGUAGCAACAGUCUGGCUACACUCGAUGAUUUUGACACAUAGUGGUUUUUUCUUUUUUACGUGCAAGCUGCUGAAAAAUUUUCGGAAUUUUUUCAAUGUUAAAAAAAUCUAUUUAUUUGCAUUAAUAUUAUUUAAAAUAUAAUAAAAUCAACGGCAGUAGUACGUGUAAUUAACGGGCAAUAAUAUAUUGAAAGAAUAACUACGCAAACAUUCCACAAAAAAGCAAAAUAUUAAAGUGAAAAAUUAAAAAAUUGAGUCAAGGAAAGAAAAAAAUUUGUCGCGUUGUUAAAAGGUAGAAUUAGCCAAGUAAAAGAAAACGGUGCUGUGGUUUGGUAAUAAUCUCAUCAUAAUUAUUUCAAUACAUCACCACCACCACACACCGUCAUCAUCAUUUUUUAUCAACAUUGAAAGUAAAAAAAAAACAAAAACCAAUAAUAACAGCUCAAUAUGAAUUCGGAGCAUGGAUUUAAUCCAGCCUUUAAUAUGGCCACCAUAAGGCAAGCCUUCUCAGAGGCUGUUGAAAGAGUGAGGAUGCCUACACCUACACGUUUAAGAGAUCUCAUAAGACAGAUACGUGCUGCUCGUACAGCUGCAGAAGAACGUGCUGUUGUUAAUAAAGAAUGUGCCUACAUACGCACCACUUUUCGAGAAGAGGAUCCAGUAUGGAGAUGUCGCAAUAUUGCCAAAUUAUUAUACAUACACAUGUUGGGCUAUCCGGCACACUUUGGGCAAUUGGAGUGUUUAAAACUGACGGCGAGUACACGUUUCACAGAUAAACGAAUUGGUUACUUGGGAGCCAUGCUGUUGCUAGACGAACGUCAAGAUGUUCAUUUAUUAAUAACAAAUUGUUUAAAAACUGAUUUAAAUAGUUCAACACAAUUUGUUGUAGGUUUGGCACUGUGCACCUUGGGUGCCAUUGCCUCGCCUGAAAUGGCACGUGAUUUAGCCAGCGAAGUGGAGCGUCUUAUGAAAUCACCAAAUACUUAUAUACGCAAAAAAGCCAUCCUUUGUGCUUUUCGUGUUAUUCGCCGCGUACCCGAAUUAAUGGAGAUUUUCCUACCGGCCACUCGUUCUCUGUUGAGUGAGAAAAAUCAUGGUAUUUUAAUAACGGGCGUAACAUUAAUCACAGAAAUGUGUGAGAACAGUGCCGAUACUUUGAUGCAUUUUAAAAAGAUUGUACCGAAUUUGGUGCGCAUUUUGAAAAAUCUUAUAUUGGGUGGAUACUCGCCCGAGCAUGAUGUUAGCGGUGUUAGCGAUCCAUUUUUACAAGUGAAAAUCUUAAGAUUAUUACGUAUUUUGGGUCAUAACGAUACUGACGCUUCGGAGGCCAUGAACGAUAUAUUGGCACAGGUGGCCACCAAUACGGAGACCAGUAAAAAUGUGGGCAAUACUAUAUUGUAUGAGACGGUCUUGUCUAUAAUGGAUAUAAGAUCUGAGGGUGGUCUACGUGUUUUGGCUGUUAAUAUUUUGGGACGUUUCUUAUUGAAUUCGGAUAAAAAUAUACGUUAUGUGGCUUUAAAUACAUUACUGCGUACGGUUCAUGCUGAUACUUCGGCUGUGCAGAGACAUCGUACUACUAUUUUGGAGUGCCUAAAAGAUCCGGAUGUUUCGAUACGAAAACGUGCUAUGGAAUUAUCGUUUGCUUUAAUAAAUGGCCAAAAUAUACGCACUAUGACAAAAGAACUGUUGCUAUUUUUGGAGAAAUCUGAUCCUGAAUUUAAAGCUCAAUGUAGUUCGGGUAUGAUUUUAGCAGCAGAACGUUAUUCGCCCAAUACAAGAUGGCAUUUAGAUACACAAUUGAGUGUUUUAAUAGCGGCUGGUAAUUAUGUACGUGAUGAUGUGGUAUCAUCUACCAUACAACUUGUUUCUAGCAGUCCAGCUUUAGAGCAAACUUAUAUUACCAAUCGUUUUUGGGAAUCUUUGCAAGUCUCCAAUCAUUGUGAAGAUAAGCAGCCUUUACUGCAGGUGGCUGUUUGGGCCAUUGGUGAAUAUGGUGAUAUGUUUAUGUAUAGUUCAAAUGAUGAUGAAUUUGAACGUCCCUCAGAGAGUGAAUUAAUUGCAAUGUUCCAUAAAUUUUUAACUUCUGCUCAAGUUUCCAUAACUAGCAAGCAAUACGCUUUAGUGUCUUUAGCCAAGCUAAGCACUAGACUACAGAGUUGUGUGGAAGAAGUCCAGGCUUUGAUUACCUCGUUUGGUAGCCAUUUAAAUGUUGAUUUACAACAAAGAGGUGUAGAGUUCUCUCAACUUUUUGGCACUUGCAAACAUUUACGUCCAGCUCUUUUGGAGAAAAUGCCAGCCAUGCAAGUGAGUCGCAUGUCUUCACAGAAUGGUGAAAGCAGUGGUUCAUAUGAUGACAAUAGUCCCGAUCUAAUCGAAAAUGGCUUAGCUGAUGAACAAGUCCCUACCGAAAGCAAUAUGAAUAACAUAAGUGAUAAUACGAAUAUUCUAUUGGAUCUUUUGGGUGGCUCAGAGUUAACAACCACCAACACCGCCACAUCAACAGAUUUAUCGGUGCAAAAGAAAAAUACGCUCAAUGCUAAUAACGAUACAACAGCUAAUAAUCAAGAUUUUCUCGAUUUAUUGGGCUUGGACAUGUCUUCGGCCACACAAUCAUUAAAUGCCACAACAACAACAACAAUAAAUGCUACCUCCAAUGCCCUCAACACAAAUAUGAAUAAUGUCUUAGUGGGUACUGGCAUUGGCGGUGUUGGUGUCGGAGUUGGUGGCAUGGUGGGUGGUUUAGGUGAUUUAAGUAGUAUUUUAUCAACAACAACCACCGUACCUACAAAUGGUAAUGAUUUAUCAUCAAUUAUGGCUGCCGCUAGUUUAACUUCACCCUCAAUGGAUUUAUCACAACAGAAUUCUCUAAUUAAUGAUCCUUUAGCUACAACAACAGCUUCAAAUAAUGUCAGUGUGCCUGAAGGACCAAAAUUGACAGCUCUGAAUAAAAAUGGUGUUUUGGUGCAAUUAGUACCAGUUAAAGCUAACGAUUCAAUGCAAAUUUAUAUGACAACCACAAAUAGUUCAUCAACAUCAUUGGAACAAUAUCUAUUUCAGGCGGCAGUUCCUAAAAGUUUUACCUUACAAAUGCUGUCACCAUCUGGUUCAGUUUUACCACCUGGUGGUGUUAUAACACAAGAAAUGCGUGUUGUCAGUACAUCAAGUGCUACUCUACGCAUGCGUAUACGCAUAUCAUACGUUAUCGAUGGUGUUAAUGUUCUAGAACAGACAGAAGUGAGUGGUUUUCCUGAUACAACACCUGAAUAGGAAUAACUUUAAGUUAAAUAUAACAGAAGCAAAAAAAAAAUAAACAAAUUACAGUAUAAUAACUAAAGAAUAAAAACAACAACAAAACCUACAUAAAGGAAAACAGCAACAGCAAAAAAAUAAAAACAAAAACUUAUAAAUUUAAUCAUACCAUAUACUAUAAACAUAUAGUGAUGAUGCAGAGAUAAUGUCGUAAAAUAACAAACAAACACACAAUUAGCAAAAUCAAAUCAUUCAUUUAAACAGGUAAUUAACUUUAAAAUUACAUUAAAGCAAAAAAUAUAUAAAUGAAUUAAAAAGUAUACAAAAUUACUACUAAACAACAACAAUUUUAUGAAAACAAACACAAACUCCCUCCCUUUUUGCGAUAUGGAAACGAAAAUAAAAUUUCUUUGGAAAAGAAUGUGAGAUAGAACUUUUGAAUAGGAAAAAAAAUAAAAACAAAAUACAAAAAUACAUAAUAAUAUAUAUUUUUUUGUAAUAUACAACAUAAUUACACUAAACAAAGGACUUUUUUCUAUUAUAUAUCUUUUAAAAUACAAAAUUCAAAACCAUUUCCACUUUUGUCAUACUCUAUAUACUCGUAACACCCUUUGAAUCCUUACACCCACUCCACCCCUCCUCCACACAGUUUUUCAUACACUCUAUACUCUAUAUAUACAUAUAUUUAUGUUCAACAACAAAACAACAACAACAACAUUUAACUGACUAAUCUACUAUAUAUUUAAAAGAAAAACUUAUAAAGAAAUAAUAAAAAAACAACAAAUUUAUACUAAGGCAUAUGUUAAAGUUGUAAUUUGUAAUAUAUACUAAAAACUAAAAACAAAAAAACACAAAAAAUAAUAAUAAAUAAAAUAUAUUAAUAAAUAAUAAUUAUAAACAAAAAAAAUAAAUAAAAUAACAUAUAUAUUAAAAUUAAAAAGAAAACAAAUAAACUAUAAAUAGUAAUCAAAGAAUAUAAACGCUUGAAAUCGGUUGAAAUAUAAAACAAAAAUUUUACACUUUUCUGUUCAUACAUACAUUUUUCAUGCUAUACUUUAGGGAAAAACAAUUAAAUGUGAUUUGCUUAGGUGUCGAAUUAAAUAAUUGCUGGUUGCAGUUCUUGUUAAAUUUACAAGUUUUAAAAACUUUAAAUCUAACAAGAACUGAGGAAAUUCACAAAAUUAAAAUACAUAUUCGAAUUUGUCCUCAUAACACAUUUGGUCGUUUCACAAGGUAACCAAACAGCAGAGACCUGCGCAGAACGCCUAAGACUCGGUUAAACCGAGCCGAGCCGUCGAGUCGUGAAAUAUUAGAACAUUAUGACAAUAUGUUUUUAAAUAUCUAGUACUUUGUUCUUUUUAUACCCUUCAUCUUCGUGAGAAGGGUAUAUAUAAGUUUGUCAUUCCGUUUGUAAUUUCCACAAUAUAAUUUUCCGACCCUAUAAAGUAUAUAUAUUCUGGAUCCUUAUAGAUAGCGGAGUCGAUUAAGCCAUGCCCGUCUGUCUGUCUGUUGAAAUAAAUUUUCGGAAGACCCCAGAUAUCUUCGGGAUCCAAAUCUUCAAUAAUUCUAUCAGACAUGCUUUCGAGAAGUUUCCUAUUUAAAAUCAGCAAUAUCGGUCCACAAAUGGCUGAGAUAUGAGGAAAAAACCAGGACCUAUAUCUGGAUUACCAAGUCAUUAAUAUAGACAAUAUGGAUAUCUAAUGAUAGAUAUUUGAAAGACCUUUGCAACGACGUAUAUAAGUUGGACCUACAAUGGGUCAAAAUCGGAAAAAAUAUUUUUUAACCCAAAUUUUUUUUUCACCAAAAAAAAUUAAAAAACAAAAUUUUUUUUUUUUAAAUUUAAAAAAAUAAAUUUUUGAUUUAAAAAAAAUAAUUUUAAAAUUUAAAUAACAAUUCGAAAAAAAAUUUUUUCCAAAAAAUAAAAAAAACAAAAGGAAAAAGAAUUUUUGUUACCUAAAAAUAUUUUAAAUUUGUAUUUUGAAGUAUAAUUUGGUGAAGGGUAUUUAAGAUUCGGCACAUCCGAAUAUAGCUCUCUUACUUGUUUCUUGAUAAAUUCGUAAAGAUAACAGUUGUUUUAAAUAAUUUUUGGUAUUUUUAUUUAAUAUUUGAAAUAUUCCGUGACUUCACCAACUAAUCCUGGAAAAGUUGGACGGAUUGUCAAGUGUCCAAGGCCUUUUGGUCAAUACUGGAUGCAAAGGCAAACAAAACACUAAUUGGGUUGGAUGAAUAGGUGUAGUCACAGAAUUCUAGUAGGAGUGCUAACCGGUCACUAUUCAAUUGGGGCGUUUGUAGGUAAAUAGGAAUAGCCCACAGGAUUUUUGUAGAGGAUGCCCGAGACUACAGAGUCAUAGAUUUAAAUGGCUUGGUAAUAGAUUUCUAGAUGAACUUGGUGUGUUACUGGCUGUAAAUUGGGUAACAUAUUAGGUUUUAUCAGGGGAAUAGGUUGGCUAUUUAAAGGAUAUUCUAGGGUUAAUUCAAAUCUGUAACCACUUUUCACUCUUUACACAGAUUUUGAUUUUUCUUUUUGUUUCUCCUUUAGCUAUUUCUAAGACAUUACCAUUCUUCUUCUUUCUUUUCUUUAUGUCCCCUUUUUUUUUAGGAAUGGCAUACUUUUCUUUGGAAGUGCACAUAGUGCACACGCCUUCCAAACUAAACUUUAUUUAUUCCAUAUUUGGGAGUAUAAGAAAUGUAAAGUUAUUCAAAGUGGCCGACGUUUGCCUUACAGCACAACCGAAAUCUGACAAGUCAACGGUCUAUAGCUGUACGCAUUAAAUCCAUAGGAAAAUUGUCCAAUGGGCGGAUAGGGACACGCUUUAGGGAUUCCAUUGGGUGACCAGUAGUGCAGACCUUGCUCAGUAAAACAGACGGCAAUUUAUAAUCGUUUCGAAAAGAAAAUCGUUCGAACUUGUUUGCCUUACACAUUGUAUUUCGAAAGUGGUUUCUUUGGAAUCGUAUUACAUAAUAACCACCCAGGACUUUCAGAAGGCCAAUCAUCAAUCAGUAGAAAUAAAAUUGGACACAUUUUUUUUAAACCAAGUUUGUGAUGUUUCUGGCUAAUAUGCUGGUGCAGGAUCCUGCAGAAAUGUCCCUGGUUAAUUUUUAAACAAUAUGUUGUUUGGUGGAUUCACAACUUUCUCCAAAAGGUAGGAUUUGUACAAAAUUACUGAUGCUAUUAAUAUAUUCAAGAUGAUAUUUGUUUUAAAAGGAAACCAGCAUGUUUACCAACUGUUGAAUAAACGUCAGAUUUUCUUGUCUUCCUGCAUAUUGUAAUUUAUUUCUAUAUUUUUAUAUGAAAACCAAAAUCAUUUUUGGUUUUUGGGAAAUAUUUAAAAAAAUCUGUUCAAUCCCUGCCCUUUUGAGACCACGAACGAAUAAAGCCAAUUUCAGAUACUCUGUUCUGAAGUGAAGCGUAUACCAGAGAGAGCGUUCUGUAUCGAUCGAAACAAAGAGUAGUCGGACAGGGCAAGGUCUGGACUAUAAGGCGGGAGAAGCAUAACUGCCCAACCACUUCUUUCCAAAAAGUGUUUAACAUGAUGGAAUAUUACGGUUUCAUGUCUGGCCGCAUAUUUAAAUCAGAAUGUAUAUAAUAACAAACUUAAAUCAUUAUUAAUUAUUGUAAUAGUUCUUAUAAAUGUGAAUAUACUUAGAAGUUUUAACAUCAUCUCAAUAAUUAUUUAAAAAACUUGAAAAUUUCAAAUUUGUAUUAACUACUAGAACUGUUAAUUUCCCUUUUUUAAAUAAACACUUUUCUGUUUUUGUCACACAGAGAAAAUAGUUUUAGUUGUGAUAAGCGAAUUUAUUCCUAAUCAAAUGAUUCAGUCUAAAUGACCAAAUUUUUCAGCUGUGGCUAAAAUUUUUUAGUUAAGUUGACAAAAAUUUUGUUAUUUAAAUCUUCUGCGUAAACUAAUUUUCUGUUGCUAGUAUUGAACAAAUCUUUGGAUAUUAUCGACAACAAUUCGAAUCGAAGAAUUUCUAAAAAAUAUUUCCGUUACAUUUACCCAGGGCACACUUAGAAAGGUGACUGCAUCACUACAACAAUACAAAAACAACGGGUACUGUUGUUGUUUUUGCUUUUGGGUUUGUUGUAUUUUUCGCCACAACAACCACAAGUGAAUUGACAAUUCAAACUGAAUAAAAAAAAUAAUCAGCUGUUUCAUCGCAGUCACCUUUCUAAGUGUACCAUGCAUUUACCUCAAUAUUCAUAAACAAUUUUUAAAUACAUAUAUAAAAGGUUUAUAAAACCAAAUUUCCAUUCAAAAUUUGUUUCAUAAACCUUUGAAAAAGUUAAAAAAAAUGUUUAUGAAUAUGGAUGUUAAACUUUAGAGACUUAUUUUAAAAAUUUAUUAAAAAUAAUGAUUGAUCAAUAAAACUAAACAAAUUUUUCAAAUUCAAACCUUUUGCAAAUCAAAGUAUUCAUUUACAUUUAUCCUCCUUCAAUCGCCCUCCAAUUCAUUAUACAUUUGUUUAAAUUUUCAAUUUAUGUUUCAACCGACACUUUAUUAUUUAAUUCAACUAUGUUAUCGUUUGGCAAACUCUUCCUCGUUUUUAUCAUUCCCAUUUUUACGCUUGACGCUUUUUUAUAUAAAUUAAAAAUAAAAAAUAAAGACAAUUUAUAGCUGUUUAAUCAUAUUGUUUUAUGUAUUUCUAAAAUGGAAUUUUUUUAAUAAAUUUCAAUAAAUUUUAUUAACUUUUAUAAAUUUGUUUCUCUAAAAUAAUUAUAAAUUAUUUAUUUGCGUGUACUUAUGUUUUCGUUAAAACACAAAAAUAAUUUUAAUUAAGUUACCCUCAAACACUAUUUUAUGCUAUAAAUUCUUUUGUUUUUGUUUUCAAAUUGAAUUAAACUGAAUGUGGUAAACAAAAUUUUAGAUAAUAUUAUAAGUUACAUAAAAAGUCUAUAUACAUAUAAUAAUAAAUUUAACAAAACAAAAAAAGAAAAAAUAAAUUUGUAGUUAUAUAUAUAAAGAAAUUGAGAACAACAACAUGAAAUAUAUAUAUUAAAUAUCGUAUUAUACAUCAGGCGAAUAAAAAUAAAGUUUUGUUUUAAUAAAA